GUUUUAGGGUGUCCGUCAUAGUUCAUAAGCCUCUUGCUGAAAAGAAAUGUACUUUCGUUUGAUGUAACUUCGGCUUUGAGCUUUAGAUACAGCGUAUGAAAUGACUGAUUCAUGUGCAGGAAGUGUGGAUUACCUCGACGAUAUUGGUUUUCCACAAACAGAUGUAACUUUAGUUGUAGAAGAUAAGAAAAUUCAUGUCAACAAAGCUGUCCUUUCCCACCAUUCACCGGUUUUUAAUGCCAUGUUUUCUGGUAACUUCAAAGAAAGCACUUCAAGGGAGAUAACUCUAGACAACAAAAAGGCUAAAGAUGUUGUUGAGUUUCUGAGAUGCUUUUAUCCAAAUAUGAGGCAACCAAUAACAGAACAAAAUGUAUUACAGAUAUUACCCUUGGCACACGAAUACCAGUCUCCCGUUGUAGAUGAUUGUGAGAAGUUUAUGGCAGACUUGUGUAGACCUGGAACUGGCCUGACAGUGACGUCACUACUGGAUUACAUCAUAGCAGCCGAAAAAUAUGAUCUGCAGAAUUUUCUAGAUUCGGCAGUGAAAUUUUGUGCCCACAUAGAUUUUGAUAUUCUCAAUGGGAAAACAUUUAGAAGAAACACAUGUUCUUUGCCUUUUAGUGUACCAACUUCCAUAAUUAGCAUCGACAGCCAAACAACGUUUUUCUAUGAUGCAGAUGAGACAAAGGAAAUUUCUUCAAAGUUUUUAGAAUUAGAUCUUAAAACCCGGCAUUUAAUAGCAGAAAAAAGACUCCAGGUUCUUGAGAUGAAUUAUAGAAAGAAAUGCGAUAAUAUAAAAACUGAUAUAGAUCACGAAAUCAAAUUAUUAUAACUUACAAAAAAUCAUACCUUUUUGGUGUCAUCCUGAUUAUAUUAACGUUUUAGGGUUAAAUGGGAAUGGCAAAAAUUAAGAGAAAAUGAUAUGAACGAACUUUAGCUACUCUGAAAUAUCUCUGGAUCAAAACAAUAAAGGACCAUGAGUGAGUUCAUCAAUGAAUUGAUAUAAUUUACUCAUGUAAACAUCAAUCCCACAUUUCAUAAUGUGGAAAGUAUUUUCAGAUUCAUUGAUACUAUGAUAAAAAAUACACCUACAUUGUUGUAAAUGAAUAAAUCUGUAACAUUUCGUGAUGAACUUGUCAUGUUUCAUUAUCGUUUUGGUCCAGUUUUGUCCGCACUUUACUAUGUCGCCUUAGAGCAGAGCGACACUUAUGGAUAUCUUUAUCCGGCGUCUGUCUGUCCGUCCGUCUGUCACACCCUAUACUGAGAUCUGUAAGAAAUAUGGAUUUGAUAUUUUGCACAAAUUUGCUUGGCACUUUUACAAAUUACCAUGGUAACUGACCUCGUGACCAUUGAACUUGUCCCUUGACGUACUUUUCAAAAUAGAUCAUAAAGCCGAAAUACAGCAUAUUUUUGACAUUUCAGGGGUAAGUCUAUGCUAUAUAGCAUGUGUACUGUUUGUUAGAAAAUAUAAUUGAAAAAUACCAACAUUGCAAUCCACGUGACCUUGACCUUUGUUCUAUUUUGCAAAUACUGCCCUUGUGGUUUAUUUUGACUUUUGAAUUUUAAAAAACAGGAUUUUGAUAAUUAGCUUUUAUACAUAUUUAUGAAAUCUUGUCUCUGUACUUUGAAACUAUAAGAUAUACAGUUACCACACAAACUUAUAUUUACGUUUAUACUAUGAAACUACAUCGGGAUCAGUAUUCCACCAUGACAAGUAGAAUGACAGGUAGAAUUACAAUUGCAGUAACGAAAGACUUAAAUCUCUUUUGGAGGAUUGUUGGAAACACGCUGAGCUCAUGAUUCAAUACUUUGAAACUGUUUCAUAUUUUGUAACCUGACAAGCUUACAUUUAAAUACAAUGAAAAUACCCCGAGAUCGGUAUUCCACAAUAGAUCAUAAAAGCAAGACUGACAAUCGCAUUAGAGACAGCCUAAAAUCUUUUUAGAAGGAUUGUUUGAAACACGCUUUAAUAAUUGGCAAUCAAUAUUGCGUUUUUAACAAUUUUUAAAUGCAAUUUUGAACAGAAGGACAUAAGGUCUUAAAAUUAUGUUGCUUAAAGUUUGAUCAGCUAAUAGAACCAUGGUUAUUACUGUAACAAGUCUUCCAAAUUUACAUAUAUUGUUUUAAUCAAAUAGAUAAAAAAAUGAAUUCGUUUUUUAUUGUUACAUUUGUGUAAGAAAUUAACUACAAAUACUUCCUUUGGCCCACAAAUUCCAGUCCCCCUUUGUUGCCGAUUGUGAGAAGUUAAUGACAGACAUGUGUAGACCUGGAACAAGUCUGACAGUGACGUCACUACUGGAUUACAUCAUAGCAGCCGAAAAAUAUGACUUGAAGGCAUUACUGGAUGUUGCAAUAGAGUUUUGUGCCUUUGUAGACUAUGGUGUUUUACAUGGAAAGACAUUAACACCAGUUUUUAAUUAUGUAAAGAGCAGACAAAUUCAAGCAUACAGUACACAAAAGUAUUUCCGCAAAAUUCAAGACUAUAGUUCCUGAAAAACAGCAUGCAAUUGCAGAAAAAAGGAUCAAAUUUCUGGAAAUGAAUAAAACCUGGAAAAACAACAAUGAUCCUUUUAUUGAAGAUUUCAGUCUUAUGUUAUCAAAAGAAUCGAGUCAGAAAUAAAAGUU